AUGGCAAACUCUCCCAUUCCAGCCAACCGCCUCAAACAAAUAGCCAACGACGCCUGCGACUCCGCCCUCAGUACCGCCUCGCACUACGACCACGCCUCAACCCAAACCUGGAACAACCAGAUCAUUAACUCCAUCCUCAAAGCCGUCAUCUCCGAGUCCACGACGACCUCCUCCGACACCACCAGCAGUGCAGAGCCGCCGCAGUUCCAGUCACCACGAUACAAGUUCUGCGUCAACAGCACCAUCAUCCAGCACCUUUCUGAUCCGCGACCGAGCGGGAGUGAAGGUGAGGCGGAGGUCGCCGUAGGCAAUGGGAAGGUUGGACGGAGGGGGAUGCAUAGUGCGAGUGGGGCUUUCUGGAAUAAUGAGAAGGAUGGGAUGUGGUCGCACAAGUACGAGGGUGGAGAGGGCAAGGGCAUGGAUAUCGUGGUCAGCGUGAUGUGGAUCGCUGUAUGA